GCUUCCCUUCCGCAGCCAGCGCCCGAUCCAUGGCGGGCGAGCCUAGGCCGAAGAGGAGCGGAGGCGGGAGGCGGCCGGCGAGCGGGGAAGCCAUGCGCGCCUAGGGCGCACGAGGGGGAGCGCCUUUGGCACCGGCGGCCCGCGCUUCCUUUCGGGGUCGAACAGGUGCUUGGCGGCGCGCGGGGAGGGCGGAGCGUGCCUCUUCGCCGCCCCGACCCGACCGCUUUGUUUCGGCCCCUCCAGAUGCUGCGUGGCGGGAGCCCGGAGGCCUGCCUGCGGCCCCGGCUGCCUUCGCGCCCGUAGCGCGCCCCCCGGCCCCUUUGUUUGCGCCGAUGGAGCUCUGUUGUCGGGACUUUCCUCGGGCUGCGGAGCUGCUGCGCUUGUGACCCAGAGGCCGGACGGGACCGUGUUCACACACCUCCGGACACCAGCAGCCCCGGCAUGACCUCGGGGAACGGGAACUCUGCCUCCACCGUCGCCGGCACUGCCCCCCAGAACGGUGAGAACAAGCCUCCCCAAGCCGUCGUGAAGCCGCAGAUCUUGACCCACGUCAUCGAGGGGUUUGUGAUCCAAGAAGGGGCCGAGCCGUUCCCGGGUAAAAGCCACAGGGGGGCGGGGUUACCCCACAAGCCACCACUUGGCGACCCUCUGACGAUUCCGCCUCGCCCAUCUCUGUCCUCUUGCCAGGUGGGGCGCUCUUCGCUGCUCGUGGGGAACCUCAAGAAGAAAUAUGCCCAAGGCCUCCUGGCCGAGAAACCCCAGCAGCAGCAAGACAACACGACCACCACAGACUCCGAAAUGGAGGAACCCUAUUUGCAAGAAUCCAAAGAGGAGGGGUCACCCCCGAAGCUGAAAUGCGAGCUCUGCGGCCGCCUCGACUUUGCGUACAAGUUCAAGCGGUCCAAGCGCUUUUGCUCGAUGGCAUGCGCCAAGAGGUACAACGUGGGGUGUACGAAACGAGUGGGGCUCUUCCACCCCGACCGCAGCAAGCUCCAGAAACCCAGCACGCCUUCACACGGCCGGCGUCGGACCUGCAAGAGCACCCUUCCGCCUCUCAGCAAAGAAACCAAGAAGCAGGCGCCAUCCUCGCUGGCACCCAGCUCCGGGGCCAUCUCUGUCACUGGCUCACUGCAGCUCAGCCACGCCCAGGAGGACUCCAGCCGCUGCUCAGACAACUCCAGCUAUGAAGAGCCCCUCUCCCCUCUCUCAGCCAGUUCGUCUGCCUCCCGCCGGCGCCAGGGGGAGCGGGACAUAGAAUUGCCCGACAUGCAUGUCCGGGACCUAGUGGGCAUUGGGCACCAUUUCCUGCCCAGCGAGCCCACCAAGUGGAACGUGGACGAUGUCUACGAGUUCAUCCGCUCCUUGCCAGGUUGCCAAGAAAUCGCCGAGGAGUUCCGUGCACAAGAGAUUGACGGGCAGGCAUUGCUACUACUCAAGGAGGAUCACCUCAUGAGCGCCAUGAACAUCAAGCUAGGCCCCGCCCUCAAAAUCUACGCUCGCAUCUGCAUGCUGAAGGACUCCUAGAAGCGUCCAACCUGUCGUGCGGGGCUUGCAGGGAUGCUUUUUUUUUUGGGUGGGUUUUUUUUUUUUUUUUGGAGAUCAGACAGACUUUGACUGGCUUGGUUCUCUCUCUCCCCCACCCCCUUCUGCACCAUAUCUUGAGCACAAGCCACUCCCCCUGAUGGGAAGCGGGGAGAGUUUUGGGUCAGGGUGUCUGGAAGAUGAGGCUGUGGGGCUGUACAUAAUAUGUAGCUUUAGCUUCCCUUUCUGCCUGCCCCCUCCCCAAACUGGGGGGGUAGGGAGAGACCUCCUUCACACCGAUUGCUGAAUCUCCUUUUCCCCGGGUGGCACCAAUAACCCUCCCUUGGACUGGACAAAACCCUACUUGAAACCUCAAAGCCAAACAGGACAGUUGCCUUAAAUUUGUUAGGGGUGUGUGCGUGUGUGUUAAGUGUUUGUGUUGCCACAUAGUGCCCUCUCUCCCACCUCCUCCCCUUCCCUCGACAGCUUGUUGUUUCUCGUCUCUGGCCAGUUUUUCACAGCAGCCGAAGGGGUGUGUUUAUGGGGUGGUGGGGGUAUCUUUCCGUCUGCCCCGUGCUUCCCACUCGGAACAUCCUUCCCUUCCACGUGUUUGGCAAAGCUGCUUGCGGGCAUGGAGGGGGUGCGGUUGCUUUUCCUCCCUUCUUGUUUCUCUCUGGGGGGAGGGGCUGUUGCCAGCGACGAACCACAAGGACUGGCUUGGCUGCUCAGGAGUCCCCUCGCGGCUGCAGGUCUUCCUAGGAGGUGCCUCCGUGGUCAGUCUCAACUGGGGAGGGGGGACAGUUCUACAUCUGCCUUCUCAGCCCAGCAGACGUCCGCACUCGUUACCGAGACACGGGGCAGGAGGAGCUGGUUCUCUCUCUGGAAGAUGGGGCGGGCCUUGAGCAGGAGGAGCUCUCCAUGGGUGAUUGCGGGGAGGAAGAGAUGGGGCAGAAGGGGCAUGCAGCUGAGCUGUUUGCUCCCCCCGAUGGUUUGUAUGGGGGGAGAGUGUGGUGGUCCCUCCCUCCCCCGUCCCUCGGUGCUGGCCACUCACCGCAGCCUUUGGGGGCUGAAAACGAAGGACUUUCUACUCCCUC